CAGUUCCUGGAAAGAGAGUAACACUAUAAAGUCGUAUUACUGCAUGGUAUGGAAACACCAAUGCACAAGAAGGAAAGGUCACAGAAUCUCCAGUGUCCAGGAUUGCAUUACAAGAGGCUACAGGAGUUGUGGAUUUCAUCAUGGCCACUAGCCCUCCUGACCAUUGAGGUAGUGCUUUGAGAAGAUAUCAUCCAUCACUAAAGACCCCAACACGUGCCCUCUUCUCAUCACUAUCAUCACAGGUGACCAACACACCACUGCGAUUCAGGACCAGCUUUUCCACCUCUGUUAUCAGAUUUCUGAAUGGUCCAUGAGCGCUACCUUGUUAUUCCUUUUUGCACUAUUUAUUCAUUUAAUAACUUACCAUAAUUUUAUGUCUUUGCAUUGUACUGCUGCCAGAAAAGAACAGAAAAAGCUGCGGAGGGUUGUAAACUCAGCCAGUUCCAUCAUGGGAACACUACCUUCCCCAGCAUCGAGGACAUCUUCAAAAGGGGAUGCCUCAAAAAGGCAACAUCCAUCAUUUAGGACACCCACCACCUAGGACAUUGUUGUUGGUCCACUCUGCAGCUUGUGGUGCAGUGGGUCGCAACCUUGUCAUUUCUUUCGCAUUUGUUUUUGUUUAAGUAUAUACGAGGCCGAGAUGCUCAACCCAGCAUGGAUGAAAAGUGAGCAGGGAGCCAGCCGGAUUCGAACCUAGAAUCUCUCACCUCAAAGUCUGGUGUGGAUGACUGCUCGGCUACUUAGGUCAUGCCCUCUUCUCAUUACCACUGUCAGAGGAGAUACAGGAGUGCAAAGACACACACUCAAAGUUCUAUAAACAGCUUCUUCUCCUUCACCGUCAGCCUUCCAAGCAGUCCAUGAACUCACGAACAUUAUCUUACUACUUUUGCAGUACUUAUUUUUUUGUUGUAAUUAUCAGAUAUCUUAUCUAUUGCCACUAUACAGCUGGCACAGAGGAACAAAUAUCACCACAUAUGUCAGUGAUAAUAAAGCUGAUUCUGUGCCUAAGUUUACUGUUUCCUCGUGCAAAAUGCUGCAUCGACUCAGUCUGAGGAGCGACAGCCUAAUCUGUUUGUUUUACAAAGCACAUGUUUUUUUUCCAAGCACUGGGCAAACUUUCCUUACUCAGCCAGCCAUCUACGUCACGAUCUUCAGCAGAGAUUAGUCCUGCUCUGUGGAGUCACAGUAAUUGGCAGCAGCUGGGUAUAUAAAGUAAGCUCAACCUGCUGUCGGUGCAGACACACAGCGAAUGUCAGCAGAGCUGUGACGGGGAGGACCGGUGGGUGCACGUGAGACCGAAGUUGGCUGGGUUAAACCUCUGCAGGGGAUUGGUAGGACCUGCCUCAGUCCUUCUUCCCUCCCCUUGCCUGCAUCUCCAUUGGUUGGAGGCAGAGAAAGUGUCAAAUCAAGAGACUGUGCAGAUUCAAGAGAGGAAGAGCUCCUUUGAGAGGGAAAGGAGAAAGUGGAUUCGAGCAAAACAGCAGCCUUGAAAGAGUGUGGAUUCGAGAGAGAGAGUGGCUUCAGGAGACAGAGGUGAUUCAAGGAAGUGGAUUCGUUUUGUUAAUCUGACUCAUGGAGUAGAUGAACAAUUAGAGUGGAGAAGAGCUGGAGGAGACCGGAGAGAGUGGAAGAGAGAGGGAGAGAGCAACUUUCACAAAAACUUUGAGGCAAGCCCGCUAAUCUCCGUGGAGCAACACCAUGGGCUUGUUGAGUGUCGACUUCCUGAUCGGCCUGCAGAUCCUGCCUGGGUUCUUCUCCAACUGCCUGUUCCUGGCCGCCUAUGACUCAGUGCAGCUCAUUAAGCAGGUAGCAGGCCUGCUAAGUGGCUUCGGCCUGUCUUCAGGCUGGGCCAGGGGCCAGAGGAUGCUCACCCUGCCGGGCCUGCGCUCAGUCUGGGACAGCUUCCUGCUGGACGCACGCAAGCCGGUGAAGCAGGGUGGGGUGGCCCCCAACUCGCGAGUGGUGCAGGUGGGCACGGAGGGUGGGUGGUCCCGCUGCCGGCUGCUGGACCUGGCCAGGCCGGGCCGCCCACUGGUGGUCAACUUCGGCUCGGCUACGUGACCCCCCUUCGUGGGCACCCUGCCCGACUUCUGCCAGCUGGCCGAGGAGUACGCCGGAGUGGCAGACUUCCUGGUGGUCUACAUUGGCGAGGCCCACCCCUCCGAUGGCUGGGCUGCCACCUCGCCCUUCCAGCUCCCGCAACACCGGUCACUGGCCGAGCGCCUCGCAGCUGCCUCCAUCCUCCUCCGCCAUUUCCGGCUGGACCCCUGGUGCCGGGUGGUGGCCGACUCCAUGGAGGAUGGGGCCAGCCAGGCCUACGGUGUGGCCUACGAGCGCUUCUGCAUUGUGCGGGAUGGGAGGGUGGCACACCUCGGAGGGAGGGGGCCCUUUUACUACAGCCUGGCUGGGGUUAGGAGCUGGCUGGAACGGCACCUAGGGGGCAAGGAGUAA